AUGCUGCAAAGAUCCAAGCACAAUCGAAGCAAUCUAUCCAAGAAAUCACCUAGCCGAAGUAUCUCCAAGAUGCGUCUUAUCCUUCUGUCCAUCGCUGGCCUUCUGUGCCUGGCCUAUGCCUUCGCUCUGAACGAUAAUGGAGCAUCUAAUCUGGAGGACCUGGCCAAUCUGGGAGCAGGCCAUGCCGAAAGCGGAGUGCGAGAGGCUCGUGGUUAUGGUCAUGGGAACUACGGACACGGCAGUUACGGACAUGGUCAUGGCGGUGGCGGUGGUCAUGGACAUGGCCAUUACGGUGGCGGUGGUUAUGAUGACCCGAUGUAUUUAAAGCAAAAAUCAUUAAAAUAAUGUUUGCGAUUGGAUGUCUUUAAUAAAA